AUGGCUGACAGCUGUCACCAAAGCACGCAUUUUGAAGCUUACAACUGCAGCACCGGCCUUUGGAGCGAGCAAGCCUCUUGGAGGCUUUGGCGGGUUCUCUUCCCCGCCCAACCAGACAGUUGGGAGCCCCGGCUUUGGUCAAGCUGCACAGACUGGGGCACAAAGCUCACCGUUCGGCGGAGCCACACAGACACCCGCUCUAGGACAGCCUGCGCAGUCCCAAGGGUUAACAUUCGGCUCGCCAGCGAAUGCGAACAAACCUGCCAGUGCGUUCGCCUUCGCCACACCAACGUCAGGUUUCUCCGCGCCUCAGCCUGCUGCAACAACUGCGCAGGCUCCUGCUUUCGGCGCGCGUCGCCGGCUGGAGGCUUCGGCGGUUUCGGAGCAACUACAGCUGCACCUCAAGCAGCAGCCACACCGGCCUCUGGGUUCAGUUUUGGUCAAACCUCGACUCCGGCUCAAGGUCUCAACCUGGCUCAGCCCGCUUCGGGGGCAACCACGGGUCUGAGCUUCGGAUCCAGCUUCGGGAAACCUGCUACUACACAAGCUGCGACUGGCUUAGGUUUCUCUGCACCACAAGCUACCCAAGCUUCGACUCUCAGUUACGGUGCCACUCCUGCGGCCACACAAGCAACGGGACUUAGUUUCGGAACUCCAUCAACCCAAGGAACUGGAUUGAGUUUUGGAACCACACCAGCAUCUACCCAAGCAACUGGGCUUAGUUUUGGAACAGCACCUGCCUCAACAGGCACUGCCCUCAGUUUUGGAACGACUACUGCCACUACUCAAGCCACUGGGCUUAGUUUUGGGACUACACCAGCAUCGACACAAGGAACUGGGCUUAGUUUUGGUGUAACACCAGCUCCGCAAGCAACGCCAUCCACAGGGCUCAAUUUCGGGGCGCCGGCUUCCACUGGUACAGGGCUUAGCUUCGGAACAACUCCAGCCUCAAGCGCCGGGCUUAGUUUUGGAACAUCUACGGCUCAAACGACGGCAAGCCUCGGUUUCGGAGCUACGUCGUCGGCCGCGACGACGGCCGGCCUCAGUUUUGGAACUACGUCGACCGCGGCGACCACUGCGGCAACUGGCCUCAGUUUUGGAACUGCCACUAGUGGUGCGCUUAAUUUUGGAAAAACUCCUGCCAGUACUGCUACUACUACCGCUGCUUCUGGUUUCCAACUCGGCAAACCGGCCACAACCAGCGCUGGUGGAUUCAGUCUCACCUCUACCGCCAGCUCACAACCUUCGUCUACUGCAUCGACUACAGCGCCCUCCAGCAUAACAGCGUUAGGAAAAACUACUGCAGCCACUACCAUGCCGUAUCUCUUCUCCCUGUCACCUAAAAAUUGGACCACAGCAGCCGCACCGCCUCAACCAAUCACCUCCAUCACCUUCGCUCAACUCGAAGAGAACAUCAACAAGUGGACGCUGGAGUUAGAAGAACAGGAGAAAACGUUCAUCAACCAGGCAACGCAAAUCAACGCGUGGGACCGGCUACUUAUUGCUAAUGGAGAAAAAAUAGUAGAAGUAAACGACACCGUCCAAGCCGUGAAGAACGAGCAGCAAAGUCUCGAGUUGGAGCUCGAUUUCGUAUUAGCACAACAGAAAGAACUAGAAGACUUACUCGCGCCACUCGAGAAACAGCUGCUCGAGUCGGGAGACAGGGCGCGAGAUCCCGAGAGGGAGCAGAUGUAUAACUUAGCCGAAAAUCUAGACUCACAGCUGAAGACUAUGUCACAAGACUUGAAGGAAGUUAUUGAACACCUCAACGAGACCAAUAGGAGCCAAGACAGUAAUGACCCAAUCGGUCAAAUAGGGCGCAUCCUAAACGCACACAUGUCGUCAAUGCAAUGGAUAGACAACUCCAUCGCUCAGAUAUCGACCAAACUGGACCAGCUGAAAGCCACCCACGACACACUGAGGCGGGACAACGAAAGAUCGUUUCAUCUAGCUUAUAACUAAAUUGUUAGGAUUUGUAUUGAAAUAAAAACUUAAGUGUGAAUACUGAGAAAAAGAUGUCGAGUUUAAAUGUAACUGAGAAAAAUACAGAUGAAAUGUAGUUGAUUUGCAGUUUCAACCCAUGUUGACUGCAAGAAAACCACAUUUGCAGUCAGCCAGGCCAGGAUUUAUUUCACCAGUUUAAUAUCGAGCUACAGAAACUACCAUUGAUAUUAUUUUUAGAACGACAAAUUGUAUUUUAAAUAAACAUAAUUAUUUUAAUAGAAAGGCUGCUCUUAAUGGCUUAUUAGAAAUUACAUGAAACAUCCCAAUCAUUGUUACAAAAAUAAAAGAAUUCGCAAUG